UACAAUUUUAUUAACAUUGUUUUACGAUCUUUGAACAAUUGAAGGCUGUAUGUAAAUCAAAGGACUGUAAUUGACAUAUUUGCAAACAUCAAGGGUUGCAAGUGUAAAAAGAUCGCACCAACAUUUUUAUACAACCGGCUAAUCGGUCAUGCCGGCUGAAAAGCAACCGCCUACGGAGGUCAAUUAACGAAGAAUGCUCGCAAAUCCAGAUGAUUACUCACCGGCGGCAACUUUAAUCACCUUCGACCGCCCGAUACCUCUCCUCCGACAACCCAUACUAGCCGGAGCAGGCGAUUCACUCGUCCUCGGCUUCAAAGACCGUCAAUCUUGGGAAUCCGCAUACAAAUUUUGCGAGUCGAAUAUCAUUCAACAAUGCGAGGCCGGUGCUCGGAUCGGUUGUUCCGUCAGCGCGUCCAGCAAGUGUGCACCACCGUGGUGGAAAUCUGUGAUCGGCGGUGGCGUAUCUAAAGAGGAAUUGAUCGAGAGAGAAAAAUGCGAAGAACGAGAAAUGUCGGAUUGUUUCGAAGCUUCGAGAUUGAAUUGUCGUAAAUUCGCCGAAGACAAGUGUUUGCCGGUGUUCAAAGAUGCACGAAUCGUAGUAAAAGGCGGUGGUGGUGAUGAAGAAGUGAAGAAAUGUGUGUCGGAGUUGAUUUCUAGGGUUUGUAUGGGGGAAACGAGGGUUGGUGGUGUUGAAUUGUGGAAAUUGAAAGGGUCUUGGUCAGAAGUUAAAUCUAGAAUUGGGUUUUCGAUUCUUAGAGGGAGUGAUAUGCUGGAGAAGCAGUUUUGAAGAGAAAAUCGGCCAUGGAUUCAGAUUUUCUGGAGCAGAGUUUGCUAGGGUUUCAAGGGACCUUCUGCAUUUUACGUGGCUUAAUUGAGUGGUGUUGGGCAUUAAAGAAAACUUGGACGUACAGCAGGGUUUUUGGUUAAUUGUGGUUAGAAGUGCAGAGACGACUUUGAUGUCUACCAUAUUGAAGCAAGUCGAGAAACCACCUAGUAAUUUGGCGUAUUCUCUUCUAUUUUGUGUUAAAAGUUUGAAAUGAUACUUUUUUAUACACUAUAAAACUGAAAACAACAUUUAGGUACUGACUUAUUUGGUGAUUCACUUUCGGUGGAAAGAAAAGUUGAUUUUAGAGGAAUGCUAAAGUCCUUCCCUAGUUUGUCAAGGG